AUGAAGGGCAAGGAGCGCUCGCCCGCCAAGGCCAAGCGCUCCCGGGGCGGCGAGGACUCGGCGUCCUCCUCCUCGCGCGGUAGCAAGAAGCCGAGCGGCUCGUCCGGUGGAGGCGGCGGCUCCAACGGCGGGAAAGCGGCGGCGGCGUCCGGCGAGAGCAACAGCGGGAGCGGCCGGCGCGGCGCCCACGCGGAUAAGGGCGGCCGCGCCGGCAGCCGCGAGUACGAGACAGGUUCGGCGGCGGCCGCGGGCGGCGGGAGCCGGCACGGCUACGGCGGUAAAACCGCGGAGGCGUCGCGGAGCAGCAGCAGCCGCAGCGGUGAAUCGCGGGCGGCGGCCGCCGCCGCCUCCUCUUCCUCCUCCUCGUCGGAGCCGGGCGGCGGCGAGUACAAGACGCUGAAGAUCAGCGAGCUGGGCUCGGCGCUGAGCGACGAGGCGGUGGAGGACGGGCUUUUCCACGAAUUCAAGCGAUUCGGCGACGUGAGCGUCAAGAUCAGCCGGCUCCCGCCCGGUGCCGGCGCCGCCGACGAGCGCGUGGCCUUCGUCAACUUCCGCCGGCCCGAGGACGCGCGCGCCGCCAAGCACGCCCGGGGCCGCCUCGUGCUCUACGACCGCCCGCUCAAGAUCGAGGCCGUCUAUGUCGGCGGAGGCAGCGGCCGCCGGCGCAGCAGCCGCUCCCCGGCGCUGCUGGACAAGGAGUCUCCCUACGGCACGGCGGCGGUCGGGGUGGUGGCGGCCGCCGUGCGGCACCCGCCGGCCGGGGCCGCGCAGCGGGCGCUGUCCCCCGCGGGCAGCGGCGGAGCUCUGGGAUACCGGGACUACCGGCUGCAGCAGCUCGCCCUGGGCCGGCUUCCGCCCCCGCCGCCGCUGCCGAGGGAGCUGGAGAGGGAGCGGGACUACGGCAGCUUCUACGAGGCGCGGGUGCGGCCGGCCUACGGGCUGGAGCGCGUGGCCGGUGUGGCGGCGGCCGGGGGAUUCCGUGGAGGGGGAGGAGGUGCUGGAGCGGCUGGUGAGGAGGAGAUCAGCCCUGAGGAUGACCAGAGAGCCAACCGCACGCUGUUCCUGGGCAACCUGGACAUCACCGUGAGCGAGUCGGACUUGCGGCGAGCGUUUGACCGUUUUGGGGUCAUCACUGAGGUCGACAUCAAGAGGCCGGGGCGUGGGCAGACCAGCACCUACGGGUUUCUUAAGUUUGAGAAUCUGGACAUGGCGCACCGGGCCAAAUUGGCCAUGUCAGGGAAGGUGCUGCUGCGCAACCCCAUCAAGAUCGGGUACGGGAAAGCCACCCCGACCACCCGGCUCUGGGUGGGUGGCCUGGGGCCCUGGGUGCCCCUGGCUGCCCUGGCCAGGGAGUUUGAUCGGUUUGGCACGAUCCGCACGAUCGAUUACCGCAAAGGGGAUUCCUGGGCCUAUAUCCAGUACGAGAGCCUGGACGCGGCGCAGGCAGCCUGCACCCACAUGCGGGGGUUCCCCCUGGGGGGACCGGAUCGCCGGCUCCGUGUGGACUUUGCCGACACAGAGCAUCGGUACCAGCAGCCCUACCUGCAGCCCCUGCCCUUGCCGCCCCCGGCUCAUUAUGAGCUUGUGGCGGAGGCGGCUGCUUUUGGGGCUCAUCGGGGAGCCCCCCCUGACCCUCUCCGGGGGGCCCGGGACAGGACGCCACCGUUGCUCUAUAGAGACCGUGACAGAGACCUUUAUCCCGAGACAGAGUGGGUGCCCCCGCCGCCCCCUGUGCGGGAGCGGAGUAAUCGGGCAGCCGCCUAUGACCCACUGGAAAGCCUGGAGCGCCGCCGGGAUGGGUGGUCCUUGGAGCGGGACCGCGGGGAGAGGGAGCUGGGCAGUAGCAGCAGGGAUCAGCCUAGGAAACGGAGACUGGCGGAGGAUGGAGGCCGGCACUUGGACCGUUCCCCUGACAGCGAGCGCUCCUCUUCCUCCCGAAAGCGCCACUGCUUGGCCACAACCUCUCCCCCGGACCGCAGCCCCGAGCUCCUGGGAGGCCGGGAGCGUUACGGUAGUGAUCCCGAGCGCUCGUCCCGCUUGCUUCUCUUGGAGCGACCUUCCCCCAUCCGGGAGUCCCGCCGGGGCAGCCUGGAGCGGGGGCAGAACGAAAAGCGUGACCGCAAGAAUUCUGCAGAGCGGGAGCGCAAGCAUCGUGCCGCUGCCGCCACCCAGGAGUGCAAAAGUCCGGCCAAAAAGGACGAGCGGGCGGUGGAGGGAGGUGGCGGAGGCUCCCGGCUCAAACCUCCUCCCCAGAAACAGCAGCAGGACGGGGCAGCGCAGGCUGGGGCAGCGCCCAAGCUGUGCCUGGCUUGGCAGGGGAUGCUGCUGCUGAAGAACAGCAACUUCCCGUCCAAUAUGCACCUGCUCCAGGGGGACCUCGGAGUCGCCAGCAGCCUCCUCGUAGAGGGAGCAACUGGGGGGAAAGUGGCUCAGCUCAAGAUCACCCAACGUCUCCGUCUGGACCAGCCCAAGUUGGACGAGGUGAACCGGCGCAUCAAGGUGGCGGGUCCCAAUGGAUACGCCAUCCUUCUGGCUGUGCCCGGCGCCUCAGACAACCGCGCCACAGCCACAGCCGCCGAGGCUGCCACCACCUCCACGCAGAGGCCGCUCAGGAAUCUGGUGUCCUACCUAAAGCAAAAGCAGGCUGCUGGGGUCAUCAGCCUCCCUGUUGGGGGGAACAAAGACAAGGAGAACAGCGGGGUCCUGCACGCCUUUCCGCCCUGCGAUUUCUCCCAGCAGUUCCUGGACUCCACGGCCAAGGCGUUGGCCAAAUCAGAGGACGACUAUCUGGUCAUGAUCAUUGUCCGUGGGGCGUCCUAAGGCCCUCGUGUUCUGUUCCCAACCCUGCCUACUCCUCCAUGCAGCCCCUCCAGCGUGUGCCAGCAAAUCUGGUGGACUGCAGAAGACAACCGCAUGGGAUACCAAGCUCUAAUGGACCUUUGGGAAGAGAAGCUGUGGCUUAUGUGGAAUUUACAUGGGCCUCCUGGUGGAAGAAAGCUUAUCUGUUUAGUAUUUGUGCAUUUUACUAAAAUGGCAGCUUUAAAAAAAAAAAAAAAGUUGUGUAUCUGCUAUUGUGAUGCCAAUGCCCGUGUUUUAAGUGGAAAAAAAAAUGACCUCUUUGCUUUGUGCUGUGUACACAAGAUUGCUGGAAAAGUAAAGGAAUACCCUUUUUAUGGCUCACACAGCUUAAAAGUAGCUGUCACUCAAACAUGCGCUCACAGUUGAGCUGAUUUUGUUUCAUUCUAAAUAAAUUGUUUCUUUUGAGGAAAAUGGUUUUUCUGCCUGGAAGUGAAUUGACGACAAACGUUUGGCCCCUGUGUUGGCAGCGGAGGGGUUCCUGCUGCUGCUGCCCAAUUGAGCUGAUAGUUGUGGGUCUUGAGCAAGAAGCAGGGAGAGCACCGACACUUUCGCGUUGAUCGACCUGUGGUACCAGUCAGAAGAAUUGUGUCUGAUGGCCUUGCUGUGGCCCCCGUGUUUGCAGUGAAAAAGGGGUCACUUGCUGCGUUUCUCCUCAGCGGGACGGGGCAGCGGUGCUGCAAGAAGCAGGGAAGCACCACCCCAAGUCUGGGGCUUCGCUGGUUGGAAGAGCCGGAGUUACUGAAUUUUAAGUUUCUGAUUUAUUUUGUUCACCCAACGUGUUUGCCUUUAGUUUUGAUUCUUGGUUUUUUUUAUAGUUUUGAAGAAAAAAGUUUUGAAAUUGCUUUGAAUCUUGCACGUAAAACCUUUUGCACCAAAAUUGCCAAAAGAAAAAGAGAAAUGAGUCCUUAAAAGUGUUUAAAUGCUGUUAAUAAAGCCUUUCCUGCCGUACGCGAGGCGCUCCUCCAUCUCCAGGGGCUUUUCAGCAGUUGUGGGUUUAGUGCUGAACGGAUGAAGAGUUCCUGAGAGCUGGAGGCGGUAAUUUAAACCUUUGCGUGGUGUCUCAGUGCCUUAUUUUGACCGGUUUUGAAGCCAGUGGUUCCACACGCCUCGGAUGUGCAUGUGCCCUGCUCGCGUCCCGGCCCUGCCGCGCGCUCCGUGCAGGCGCUCCCGGUGUAGUACAGAUGGGGAGAGGAGAAGCCGGAGGCGGCCCGAAAACAUUGUGUGCUGUAGUUCUCCUGCCCCGGGGGCUCCUGAGCUUUGGAAGGCUGUUCCAAAGGAGCACAACUCCGUGUUUGCUGCAGGAGACUUCGGGGACCGCGGCCGUCGAGAGGAAGCCGCCACUGCUGCAUCUUCGGCUUCGGGAGCUCCCGUGUUUGUGCUCGUGGUAGAAUUCUUGUGACGUGCCAUGAAGACACCUUGAAGGGCAGCUUGCCCUGUUUGCCUUGACAUACUUUAACCUCCACGGAUAACCCCCUGCAGCCGGGCAGGAUCUUUGCUAGGCUGCAGAUGCCUCUCAGCCGACGGAUGCUGUGGUUGUGCUCUGCAAGGUGUCUGUUCCCGGGGCAAAGCGCUGUGUAAAUCCCUAAGACAGCACGAGGUGUGAGCAGAGAUGUGUUUGACCAUCAGAAGUUACCCUGGGCCUGCUCAGUGGGAAGACAAAGGUUUGAAGACUUCACCAGCCCACUGGCAGGAUGGUGCAGGGCUCCUGGGAGGAGUUUCUCAUUGUGGGCAUUGGUUUCCUCAACAAUUUUGGAUAGACAAGAGGUCCUCUGUGCUGUGGCUAUAAAUGUGCCUGGAAGGUGGAAUCACUGCAGCAUCCUCCCC